CUUAGUGGAAAUUACCCGGGAACUCUAUCAGUACCAACCACUAUCAGGAUCACUCCCUCCCUUCAACAUCUGCUCUCCUUUCCAGAACCGUUGAGGACCAAAAGAAACGAUUCAUUUACAAUCAACACUCUCGACAGGUAUGACUUGGCUUCCCCCGAUCAUAUAAGUAGUCUUGAUGUUGUUUUCUUUCCACCAGUAUUUUCAGUUUCUCUUUUGAAUGACCCAUUUUUCAGCCACGUCUGCAUUAUUUUUAAACAUAAUUCUUUGGUGAGCUAAUUGUAUGUGUCACUCUUUGAGCUCACAUCAAGCCAAAUCAACAGUCGUUUACAUGCAGUAUCCUGCGGCCAACAAAGGGUGGCCAUGGACCACCAGUGGUUCCAGGGACCACAGUUUGAGAAAGACUGCUGUAAAGGGUGGCACCUCCUCCCUCCAACCUCAGACACCUGUCUAAAUGUCAUAUCAGACAUUUAGACAUCAGUUUACUUUGGGCGGGUUGUACUGAAAUAUGCGAAUUUCACUCUGGGACUAAUAAAGUAUGUACAUUCAUCCAUUUUCAUUAGUAUUUCAACUUUUCUUUCAUCCCUUAAACAUUUAGUACAAGUUUGAUUUGAACAUUUAGCAUCAAACUACAUAUGAGAAAACAAACCAAUCGAGUUUCAGUGGCUUGACAUGAUAGGAAAGUAAAGGUACUGUAGUGCAGUUUUACCAUAACAUAAAACACAGACUAUUUGAAUUAAAAAAUCACUGCAUAGCAUUCUGUCUUGGUGAUGUGGUGUUUGGGACAGUGGCUGACGGAAUAAAGUAGAUGAAAAAGAGCAACAAAACUAGUUAAAAGCAUCUACUUGAAGGCUUUACGAACUGUAGCAUUUUAAAUGGCAAUUUUGGUCAAUAAUUGGUAAAUAAUUGCUCUGGUGAGUCACAAAAAGACUGAUAGGGUUUUCAUGUCUCAAAUGACUGACCUCACGCCUCAUUUCUCAUUACUUGCUCCUCUCUGUAUGAACUUCCAAAUUAAUCCUCUCAAUGAUUGGAGCUGGAGAUUGUACUAUUGCUUUUUUUACUCUGAAGUUAUUUUGUGAUGGAUUGAAAUACACAUUUUGUCAUGUUGUUCAAGAGAAUAAUCACCUAUUCUUUCUUCCUUAAUUUGAUCUCAAUGUAGUGAUCUCCAAACAAAUGCUGAAUGUCGGCCAAAUCAAAGAAGAAUUGAAACUUCCUCUUCUUCAAAAAGAACAGAAAAUAAUGCAAAAUUAGAUAAACAUUUUCCUGAUUUGGUAUGUACUCCAUGUGACUGGUCAGGAGAAUCCCACAUGACCUAAAUUACAAAAACAUUUCAAUUCUUGGGAGAAAAGCUGAUCUAAUCCAUUCCAAAUUUCACUCAAACUGUUCAAUAAGAACAUUUUGUGAACAUGCCAAGAAUUUGUAACACAUCACACUUCCAGAAACUAUCGCAAAAAAAAUCUGAUGCACUGUCUUUAAAUCAAUAUUUAAAUUGAUUUAAAGACAGUGCAUCAUUUUAUUCUAAAAUGAUGAACAUAUCCACCAAACUACAAUGUCAGCACUCAGGAUCAGGCAUUUCUCUUCAAGACAUUUAUUUUAAAUCGGUUCAGAGUCUGAACAGUUUGUAAGCAAAUGAAACUGAUGAGUCAAUCUCAGGUUGAGUGUAAUGAAAUUCUGGAAAUGUCAUAACAUCAAAUCUUCACAUAUUCACAUGUCUUUGGUGGUUUCAAUUCAUUUUGUCAAGGUAAGGCAAUGACAGGCACUGAUAAUUUUACCUGAUGAUGUUUCCCAUUCAACAUAAUUUCAAGAGUCACAAUUAAAGAAGCUGAGAAGUCUUAAACUUCUCACUUCUUAAGUGAAACUGUGCACUAUAUACCAUACAACAUAAUCUUUCAAAAUCUUUUCUCACCCACAGAUUCACUGUGGGUAACCUGCUGUAAGCAGUAGAAAGUGGUCUAGUUAUUCUGCCAAAAACAAAAGCAGAGGUAAAGUUGUGGAAUAGUUUGUGUUAAACUGGUUAAACCUGCAGUAUAUGCAAACCCAGUUCAGGAAUGGUUUUUGUGGUACGUUUUUGGUUCAUGGCACUUUGCCAUCACAAAAACUAAGUUCUGGUGAUUUGCAAAACUAGGUUCUGCAUAUUUAUUUAGUAGUUGCUCAAAAGUUUUUGAAUCCAGUUGACAAAUAUGCAGCACAGUCUUUGUCAGUGAUUUUGUUGUUGCUUUAAAUAAGCCUUAAUUAGUAAGACUUCUUUAAUGAGAUUUUUUAAAUACAAAGAGUUUAAUGUUUACUAAGAAAAAAAAGUUAAAUCCCCCCCAAAGCUACACCCCAAUCACUUGAAAGGGGUUACGUUUGACGCUGUGGUUCUUGCUGUGGUGUUUUCUCUUCCUUCUAUCACUCACUCUGUGGCUCCCCUGCAUGGUGUUAGUAGUGGCACUGGAUUGUAAAAAGCACAUUUCUGCUGAGCAGCUGUGAGACCUACAAUAUCUGACUGACACAAAUUGGUGUGAGACUAUGGAUCAAGCAGAAGAUGCCUGGUUGUGGGCCGACUUUAUAGAUAACUUGACAUACAAUGACAAUAACUCUUAUGAUUACCUUGAAGGUGAUGUUUGCGACCUGAGCAAUGGCACAGUUUUUGAAUCCUUGUUCAUACCAACUCUUUACUCGGUGGCGUUUGUUGUUGGUGUCUUGGGGAAUGGACUGCUGCUGGGAGUCCUCUUUCAAAGCAGGAAGCAUUGGAGUGUGACAGACAUUUUCAUCCUUCAUCUGGCUGUAUCAGAUGUCCUGCUGUUGUUCAUCCUACCGUUCCGGGCUGGAGAGGCUGCAAGCAAAGUCGGAUGGGAGUUUGGUUCUGCCCUUUGUAAGAUUACUGGAACUGUUCUUACGAUCAACUUCUACUGCGGGAUUUUUCUCCUAGCCUGCAUCAGUGUUGAUCGUUAUCUAUCCAUCGUCCAUGCUACCCAGAUGUACAACAGAAGGAAGUCCUGGGUUGUCCAUGUGAGCUGCAUGUUGGUGUGGUUGUUUUCUGUGGUCCUCUCCAUUCCUGACUGGAUCUUUUUAGAAGUCUCGGAAGAUUCCAGACAAGACAGAAAGACUUGCGCUCGGAAAUAUUUAAAAUACAGUGAAGAUGACAUAAUGAGAUUAAAAAUAGCAGCACGUUCACUGUACCAUGUUGUAGGCUUUUUAUUUCCUUCAUUUGUUCUGAUCUUCUGCUACACCUGCAUCCUGUUGCAGCUGCAAUGUGGUUCCCGAAGUCUCCAAAAACAGCGAGCUUUCAAAGUCAUAAUAUCUGUUGUGGCAGUUUUCUUUGUCUGCUGGACGCCGUUUAAUAUUGUACUUUUGGCAGACACAAUUCAAACAAGCAACAAUACAGAAACAUGUGACACAACAAGUUCUCUGGGCAAAGCUAUGACUGUGACUUUGUCUUUGGGAUAUCUUCACUGCAGCCUCAAUCCCAUCCUCUACGCCUUUGUGGGUGUGAAGUUUCGCCGUCAGCUACUGAACAUACUAAAGUCUAUGGGCUGCAAACUGAAGACAAAUAUACAAUUAGAGUCUUUCACCAGGAGAAGCUCCAUUUGGUCAGAUUCUGGAGAAGCCUCCAACUCCAUUGCAAUUUAAAAGGAAAAAGAUAUAUGUACAUAUGUAUAUAUAAGCUGUUUGUUUUUACAAAACAGACUCUCAAACAUGUUAAAAACUGACAUGAGGACAAAUUCUUCUAAAUGUUGGUGAACUGUCUUACUGGACUGGACAUUUAACAGAUAUGUGUUACCUAUUUGGCACUAUAACAUAUUUUUUAUAUCUUCUAAUAACCAGGCAGCUACCGGUGCAUAAGAUAUGGUGAUCUGAGUUACAUUUGGUGAGUGACAGCAAAACUGUCUCUCAAAAUGUUUCAUGUACUUAUAGAACAUUUUGUAUUUUGUUUCUUAUUUUUUCUACAUUUGAUUGCAUUAGUUUUAUAUUGAGUGUUUAAUUGCAGAAUAAAAACAUCUUUAUUCUUAAAAAGUAUGUUUGAUUCAGUUUGCCAUGUAAACUGCUUCAGAAUAUCGUGACGUG